AAGCGUUGGAAACAAAAGGGGCGGGAAAUGCUUGGUUGAGGCUGGAUUGCUCUUAUUGCGGCGUCCAAGAAUUGAUAACACAACUUUGAGACAAAUGGUCGGUGCUGCUGAAUUAACCGCGCGGUUAACGUGAAGUCCGCGCCGGGGACUGGAGGCUGGGGAGCCGCGGGAGAUCCGCUGCAGAGUCACUGCUGCACGGUCCCUGUCGCGGGGCUGGAGUUUGGCGGGUUAGCUUACUAGCUGGCUAGCUAAACUAGCGGUUUCACGGGCUCGCGCACCAUGGAUAUUGCUUCUAGCGGGCUAGCCUGGUUAGCUAAUUAGCGCUAGCAUUAGUUUCCCUUUCAGAGCAUAGCUGGGAUAGCUUCUUAACUCUAGCUCUGUGUAUUUUUAUUUAGGCUAACCUACAUAGCUGGCUGCCUAUCUGUGGGUUUUGGCGGUCAGCUGGCUGGAGCUCCAGGGUUUUAUCCCGUUCCAGCGCUUUCCAGCUCAGCUUGUGCUCGGAGCCUGGCUGGAAUUCUCUAGGCUAGCUAAGCUCUUGUUGUUAGCCAAGCAGCUAACAGGGUGAUGAGUUGAGCUAAGCUAAGCUAGCUAAACAACGCCUGGUUAGCCAGUGUAGGAGCUCCUUUUUCGUGAAGCUUACGUUACCUGGCUUACUAUCCAACAUGUAGCCACACAGUUAGUCAGUACAGUAGUUAGAUAAUUAUUUUUAUAUCUACAAGUACAGGUUCAGGAUUUAACCAAGCUAAACUAACUAGGUUACAAGUACAGGUUCUGUCUGCAAGUGCAGGUUCAGAUUUUAGCCAAGCUAGCUAAAAGUACUGGUUCAGAAUAUGGCUGGUUCAGAAUUUAGCGAAGCAAGCUACAAGUACAGGUUCAACACGUAGGAAAGCUAGCUACAAGUCCAGAUUUAGAAUUUAUCUGGCUCAGAUUUUAGCCUAAGCUAGCUUCAAGUGCAGUUUCAUAACUUGGCCAAGCUAGCUACAAGUGCAGGUUCAGAAUUGAGCAAAGCUAGCUACAAGUCCAGAUUUAGAAUUUAGCUGGCUCAGAUUUUAGCCUAAGCUAUCUACAAGUGGAGGUUCAGAAUUUAGCAAAGCUAGCUACAAGUGCAGGUUCAGAAUGUAGGAAAUAUAGCUACAAGUAACAGGUUCAAAAUUUAGCUGGCUCAGAUUUUAGCCAAGCUAGCUACAAGUGCAGAUUCAGAAUUUAGCAAAGCUGUCUACAAGUAUAGGUUAAAGAGUUAGCAAACCUGUCUAUCUACAAUUGCAAGUUCAGAAUUUAGCUAAGCUAUCUACAAGUGCAGGUUUAGAAUUUAGCCUAGUUACAAGUGCAGCUUUAUAAUAGAAGUAUAGUUUAGAUGCUAAAGAUGGGUCAGCACCUCAGGGUGCUCUGUUCUGAACGUCAGAAGCACACAGGUAAAUUAGUUGGCCUUCUCUGACUUAACUCUGUGAUGAGCUCCUAAGCCUGACUUCAGCACCAUUGGUUUGGCCCUGCGACAAACCUACGACCUUUAACAAUGUAGCUGAUCAGCUAUUCUGACACGUAAAUCGUAAUAGCUUGCGAGGACAACAGUGGCUAAGAUGAACAACCAAGGAGGAAUGUCGCAGGAGAAGAUGGAGCUGGACCUGGAUCUCCCAUCCUCACUUGUUCAGAGCGAUGGACACCUGAGGAGAUCCAACAGCGAGCCCAUGAUUAAUGGCCUAAGUGACUGCUCACAGGUUUUCCAAAGAGAGGUUCUACGCAGCAGGAGAAACAGCACAACUCUUGUUAACCGGCCCAACAUGGUCCCGUCCUCUCCUGUCAGAGUUCCUAGUACUAGACUUCAGAAGAUCAAGCAGGAGGAGGGUGUUGAUGUGAUGAACAGGGAAACGGCUCAUGAGCGGGAGGUACAAGCUGCCAUGCAAAUGAGCCAGUCGUGGGAGGAGAGUCUGAGUCUGAGUGACAAUGACUUUGAGAGGUCCACUUCAUCGUCCCCAAAACGUAUAGAUUUUGUGCCUGUGUCUCCAGCUCCAUCCCCCACUAGAGGAAUUGGGAAGAAGCAGUGCUUCUCUCCAUCUUUGCAAAUCCUGGUGAGCAGCAAUGGCCUAAAUCCAAGCCCUAUCCCCAGCCCAACACGCCGCUUUGGCAGGAGGAGUCAGAGCCCCAUUAACUGCAUUAGACCCAGCAUCUUGGGCCCUAUCAAACGUAAAGUUUCAGGUGAGAUGGAACCAGAGAGCCAGCCCAAGAGACUCUUCCAGGGUACCACCACCAUGCUGUCCACAGAGGCGUCCCACCUACCAGAGCUCAGCUCAUGCUUGUCUCCAGACCUGCUGGAUGGAAGCCUGAGCAGCGUUGGCUCCUCCUCAGGCUCUCCUGCUAAGAUGGAGGGAGUUUCACCCUCAUCCAGCAACUCUCCCUUCACCCCCGUCCAGGACCUCUCCCCCAAAUGAUGAUGGAGCAUCAGAGACGUGUUCUGCGAAUGUUCCCUCGGGGGACCUUCCACACUCAUUCGAGCUUCUGUUCCUAUGCCUUCCCAAGCUUGCUUUUGAUCUGGUCUUCGAAUUCUCAUUGGGGUUUGCUUUCCAGCGGGACAGUUUGGGAGAGAUGAGGUAGGGGUGUCUGUCUGUGUAUUCAAGGAAACCAAAGCCCUGCAGAUCAUCUAUCUACGCGUGUGUGAGUGUGUGGACAGUUUCGUCAGGGUGAUGCCCGGCAGGGUGAAGACUGUGGAUGCUGUUUGCACCAGCUGCUAUUUAAAAGGAUGUAAUAUGUGGUGCGUCGCUCCAUAAUCAAGCAAAUCAACAGCCUUUCAGAGCCCUGCUGUUUCUGUUUCCGUAUGAUUUUUUUUUUUUUGUUUGUUACUGUAGUUCUCUUAUGUUAGAGGAAUGCCACAUGAGGAUAUGGCUCUUAGAGAGUGAAGUGUGUUCCCUCUCGCAGCGGCAGCACCGCUGACUUGCCUGUGGGCUGUUUCCAGGACUAUUUACAGUAGGUGUUUAAUUGCGUAUGCAGAUUGCCAACAGGUAUUGUUGUUUUGUGUGAGAAUUUAACUUAUUUUUUUUGUUCUGGCUCUGUAUUUUUAUUUUCUCUUUGUAAGUGUAUAAUCUCUGUGGAAGUGAAUGAAUGUGUGCACAGUGCUUGACCAGUAGUUAACUGACAGAUGGUCCCUCAUGGGGUUUAGUUUUUGUGUGUUUUUGUUUGUUUACUGCAAACAAUUGUGCAAUUGGACUUGCAUACAUUCUCAUAACCUAAGUUUUUCUGCCUCUUAAGGUAGUGGUCAAAAAUACAAGAAUUGCCCUCUCUUGAUAUUCAUGCAGUCACGUAAAUGUGGGGAAUGGGCACCAAACAACAUGGACGAGAACCUAUUUAUCAGACUCUGCGCUUCAUUACGUUUUUCUAAUGGAGUCAGUCAACGGUUGUCGUCAGCUGUUUAGAUAUUGGAAUGAAUGUUGGUAGAAUGCAAUAUUAAGGGUGUGGUUACCACUAAAUCCAGGAUUUAAACACUACAGCACAUUUUCUACAGCCUGUGUUGCAAUUUCAGGCAUCAGUCUUCAGGCAUCCUGUCCUAAAGAUCAAACUUGAGCUUUAGAGAGAAUACAGACAAGCUGAACUGUGACCGCAGUGCAUUUCUUUUUUUUUUUUUUAAACUACCCUUUAAACGCUCAGUAACUUCACCCUGUUUCAUUCGCCUUUACAAUGUUGCUGCACUGUGACUGUGCCAUCCUUGAAUGAAUCCAUGAAUUAAUCAGUGAAUGAAAGGGAUUUUUUUUUCUCUUAUUCUUUCUUCUAUGCCUUCUGUUUUGAUGGGGUGGACUCCUCCUGCACAAGGCACUGUGAAAGGAACAGUUUAGAGCAUCUGAAGACUUGAGGAAAUAAGGAAUUCGGUACUGUUGCACAUGUUUAAAUACAGGUGACAGACUCUCGGUCUUCAACAAAGGAAAGGAAAAAAAAUAUUGGUUUGUUUGAGGGAAAGGUCUACUGAUUCAUAAAAGUAGUGUGCCGUUUAAAAAGGUCUGUAUAUAAGAGAAAUGUAAAGUUGUAUGUGUGUAAGUUGUAUUAAUUUAGGCUUUACUUAUUUUAGUAAAUAGUAUUUUUUUUGUAAAUGAUUUUAUAAAUGGGUUUCAUUUGAAGAGAGUAAAAUGAAAAGGAAAAAAACUGAAUGGCUUUAUUUUCUCUGAGCAUGAAAUGAUGCAUCAAAAACAUCAUAAAGUGAUUGUAAGUUCUACUUUUUACUUUUUUGUUAAAGUGAAUUUCAGAGUGUGAUGUUAUUUUUCUUCCCCUGUAAGAGAAAUGGCAGAUGCAGACAUUUGAUGUGUAUCCUUUCUCUGAAUGUCUUUCUUUGCUUACAAACAAAAAGCAGUAGGCGGGUCUUGCAGGUCCCUUUCCUGUAUUGUAUAGAUGGUUGAAGUGUUUGUGGUUUGCUUUACAGAUUUGUUUUUGUCCUGUGGACUUGUCUGAUCUUUUAUUUAAUUCAUGCUGUGGUCUGGACUCUGCGAACAGAGGAGUUUUAAAAGCGUGAAACCUAAGUUUGUGUGUUGACGUUUUGAAGAGUGAGUUGAGUGCUGACAUGAUUAAAUCUUUGUGCUCUGCUCUAAAAGGACAAAGAACUCUUGUCCCCUUCAUAUCAGUGAUCUUUAGAUUACAAAAUAAAUUAUUUGUCCUACA